ACGGACGUGAAUUUUCGCGUCUCCGUCGUCGUCGUGAUCCCGUUUUCUUUACUUUUUUUUCAAGUCGGAUUCUCGUUUCCGGAUUACUGCUCUGAAGGUUGAAGGAGAUUUUGGCGUGAGAUCAUUUUUUUUUGUUUGAGACGAAAAGUGCUGCGAUUGAAGGAGAAACUUUUCGGGUGCGAAAAAAGUUCAAAAAAGGUCAACGCGCUCUGCAUUGUUGGCCGUGGGAGGAGAAAAGUGUGAAUGUUGGCAGAAGCAAAUUAGACUCGCGCCGCCAUCUUUGAUUGCCCGUGGUGGAUUUGUGGUGCGGUUUUGUUGAGAAACGUUUGAAAGUGUCGUAACGAGAUGAUGAAUCCGGUCAGCAAGAUUCACUUCAACAGUUCGACCGGCGUGUCGCUGAACGACCGGUUCACGAUCAUGUCCAAGGUGAGCCCGCCGGAGAAAGGGGGCGGCGGUUCGUCGGGGCGUUCCUCCGGGAGCGGUGGCGGCGGCUCAUCCGGCGGACUUCGCAAGCGCUCCAACUCGGUCGAUUCGAUUCCGUCGCGCGGUUCGCUUGCGAACCGGGCCUUUGUCAGUCAGCUGGACCGGCGCCACCUGGGACAGCAGCGGUCGGCGCUUCACUUGCGAAAUAGAAAUAUCAGAUCUGGCCGUCAGCGGCUCAAUCGCAGCAACAUCAGUUCCCGCGUCCAGCUGCGCCGUGCGGCCGGCAAUACACUCACACUGGCCGGAGGUUCCCGGCGAAUGCAGCGGUCCAACAGUUUGUCGGAUAUUGCUACAAUGAACGCCGACUAUUACGAGCGCAAGUCGCCUCUCAAGCGCUCCAACUCGCAGGCCAGUUUGGCGGCCCGGCUGGGCAACCCCAACGGACGUAGCCGGUCCCGCGUCCGAGGUCGCUCGCAGCAGCGCAAUCAGUCCCGUUCGCGGGGUCGUUCCCGGUCCAACUCGGGCGCCCGCGGUGGUGGCCCCGGAGGACGAGUCUCCCGGUCGCGCUCCCGUGGCGGCAAUCCCGCGGCCAACGGUCGUGCCAGAUCUCGCAGUGCUGCCAACGGAAGAAACGCCGGCCUCGAAGGUCGCGUUGGGCGGGGCGGCGGCCGUGGAGGUCGUGGCCCGAUGCUGCAGCGACGCAACAGCACGAUGAAGGCACGAUCCGCGUCGCGCUCGGCCUCGGUCAAUGGCCGGCUGGGCGGAAAUCGUACCGCGCGUCCCAUGUCCGGUGGCGGAUUCCGCGGAGGACGCGUUGGCAAACGGGGACUGCGACGGGGAGGCGGAGGAGGCGCCGUUGGACGGAACGGAAACGCCGGCGGAAGACCGGGACGCACCCUGCAGAGACGUGGACGCGGGGGGUUCCGAGGAGGAAGAGCUGCAGCGGCGGCGGAGGUAGCAGCCGGCGGAAAUCGCCGCGGUCGGUCCCGCUCGCGUGGUCGGGCCGCGUCCCAGACGCGGGGCCGAAGCGCGCAACGUGGACGUAAUGCAUCCCGAGGACGUUUCCCGGCCGUGCCGCCCAAGAGCAAGGAGCAGCUGGACAAGGAGCUGGACACGUACAUGGCCAACACGAAGAGCUCGCUGGACAAGGAGAUGGACGAGUACAUGAACGGGAUUCACAGCAGCACGAUUUGAGCGAGAGAGAGAGAGAGGAAAAUUGCUGAAAGAAAGCAAAACAAAACGUGUAAAUCGUUAUCAAACAAAAGUAACAAACUUUAAAUAACACUAGCGGAUAAGGAAACUCUUAAUACUAAUAUUUUUUUCUCUAUAGAAUAUAUAGUGAAUCUGAUUAACGCAGACUCGUUACAAAACUGAAUUUUUAAAGAUAUCUUUAAUAACUUAUCAACAGAAGUCGUGAAUUUCAACAAAAAAAACUGUACAUAUGAUUUAGAAACCGAAGAAAAAGAGAGAAAAAGGAAAUAAACAUAGUUUUCUUAUGACUGAACUGAUAAAAUGA